CCUCACUCGGGUGAACACGGGCCGUUUGUUUUUGUCCAAUUUAUCUACUUGGGAAAACUAAAAACUAUUUUGGUUUCUUUUAGUUCAGAAAUGCAAUUGUGAUAAUUGCGUAAACUUAGUUAUUACUGAAAAUAUUUGACACAGUUUAGCUGCAGCAGUAGCUAAAACAAUUCAAUAUGAGUUUCGUAGACUUGGCAACGCUGACGAUGCAUCGUCGGCAAGAAAUGGAGGCGCGAACACAAAUCUUUCACGAGAAAUGUGAUCGCGCGGUAGAAGAUAUAAAAAGGUUAAAAAUGAAGACUGAUGGCUUUGCGCAGCAGCUCAACUGUGACCCAAAUGAGCUGAAGGAAAGAUUCCUGAACUGUAUGAAACAGCUCGACGAGUACAUGUAUCUUAUAACCGAUUUCAAUAUUGCUAUUUCUAAAUUGGAAGAAGCUUCCGCCCCAGACAAUACUCCGGUCCAUGAUACCGCAGCAAAACCAUUGACCCCUACACCCAUGGCUCCAUACAACCUGAUAGACGCACUGAGCGAGCCAGCACCUUCAACAUCAACGUCAUGCCCAAAUAACUGCCCUCCGGAGAAACCGAAGAGGGUUAAGAUACCGAAAGAAAAUCAAUCAUUGAUUGUGUUUUCAAGCACUUCGACAUCUGAAGAAAGUGUUAGACAAGUGAAGAAUGAUGUUGCAGCGAAGGAGGUUCAAUGUGAACUUGAUGCGGAGUUACGGAACGUGAAGAUUGAAGAUCCGCCAGCAUCAGCAGUAGCUACCCCGUCGUCAGAUGGCAGCAACCUGCCGGCGCAACCGAUACUGGAGACGGAACACGUGUACGAUGCCACCAUCAUGCACGUCGACGGCGCCUUCUUCUGGGUCAUCACCGGAGACCAUGAGGAGGUUAAGGACCUGAUGAUAGAGAUGACGAAGUUCUACACCGACCACCACCGGGACAUCACCGCGGAGGAAGUAAAGACGCUCACCUGCUGCGCCUUCUACGACGAUGACAGCAAGUGCUACUACCGAGGCCUGUUCCUUAAACUUAAUGAUGAGGACAACACAUUAGCAGAGAUCUUCGUGGUGGACACGGGCGAGAUGCGCGUGGCGCCCGUGGAGUGCGUGCAGCCGCUGUACCGGAGGUUCUGUACCCGACCGCCCUACGCACGCUGCUGCCAUCUAGCGGGGGUGGACCUGGUGAGCUACAACAAUAAGAGCCUGAUGGAGAAGCAGGAGGUGUUCAUGUCCGCGUACGUCGGCACGCUGGUCAGCAUCGAGGUCGAUGACAAUACCUCGGAGUCUCUAGGCGUGUUCGUGAUACUGCCGUCGGGCGAAACCCUGAACAAAAUCAUCGUGCAACAAGGACUAGCUCUACCAAUCGACAAGUUUUCCGGUGAGCAGGCGGCGGCCGGCCCGAGCGACGGGCUGGAUAUAACUGACUGCCCCGAGUAUGACGACCCCGUUGAAGCUGUUACGGGCUACAAAAACCGCGACGAGAUUGACAUCUGUAAGCAUUACAAGGGCGGCCCGGAAAAGACCUGCUUCAAAGGACCGCGGUGUACCAAGAAACACAUCCUUAAACACCCUGAUGGUUGGACCUUAGAUCGUAUAGCAGUGAUGGCUAAAUGCAAAUCCAUACCGCUGCCUGCCCCGGACACGUGGCUCAAAGUGCUGGUGACAAUGGUCUGCCACUACGACAGAGUCUACGUGCAAAUUAUUGAUGAAAACGAAACAGAUGAGAUCCCAAGCUUCGGCGCGGCACUGCCCGCGACCACUCUGCCGGCCCUCGUGAAAGACAUGAACAGUCUCGCCACCAUAUCGGCCUACCAGCCACUUACGGUGGCACCGGCACAAGGAGAGUUGGUCGCUGCUUUGUAUCCCCUGGACAACAAGUGGUACAGGGCUCGAGUGCUGUCUGUCACCCGGGCCGACCAGACUGUCGAGGUGCAGUACAUCGACUACGGCACGGUGAUGUGGGUGCAGGCGGGGCAGCUGCGCUCGCUGGCGGCGCGCCACGCGCUGCUGGCGGCGCAGGCCGUGCGGGCCGCGCUGGCAGGGGUCCGCGCCCGCUCGCCAUACCACCACCAGUGGGCAAGGGCCAAGCGGGCCCUCACCGACAUGGUGCAGGACAAAGUCCUAGAUGCUCAUGUCAUAUCCCGUGAAUACGACGAGAUUACAGUGGAGUUAUUUGACAAGGACGGUUACAGUAUAGCGGAACAGCUAGCUGCGACCAACAUGGUGGAACUGACUCCGUACACCGUUGUGUACGACACAGAGAUGCACAAGGUGGUCGUACCCUAGACAAUAGGUAUAUAUUGUAUUACAAUAACAUUAUUGAACAAAUUACCUGUUACAUAAUAGCUGGGUUCAGCAUUUUUUUAGUGUUUCAUUCAGUAGAUUUGUCUACUAUACUUUGUAUGGUACUACUAUGUAUACUUAUGUGGUAUGUAGACUAACCUAUGCAUAUGAUGUAUGCAGAGAUACAUAUUAAACAAGAUUCUAAAUGAAAAGUAUCAAAAUUAUAUAUUUAGUAGCCAAAUCUACUGACAGAUAGAUUUAUAUGAGUGGUCAUAAGUAUAUUAUGACAUUUACAGGACUGAGUUUUUUUAAACUUAUAAAGUAAGUACAGGGUUGGUAGUCUCGACAAGGAUUACGACUAAUCGGUUGCUAAGGCAGAAUCUCUAAAGAUUUUCAACUUUAUCACAAAAGUGUACGGUUGAAAAUCGAAUAAAGAAAUUCACGACUUAACGAUUGAUUUUUGUCGUUAUUUUAGGGGAUAAAUAGAGGUGCUUGACCUGGAUUUGGCUGUGAUGUGUGUAAAGUUAUAAUGUAAGCGCACCCACGGGGUAAAUCCUAGUGCAACUUGUGAUACAGUAAAAUGAUACGGUUGGUGAGCUUAAUCGAUACUAUCACUUAUGUUUUGGCACAAAUUCUUAAUUUACUUUCGAUUUGUAACUAAGUUUGAUUCGUCAAAACGUUAUUUAUAAGAAUUUUAAGUACAUACUCAUGAGUAAUUAUUUUGGUCGAAAUUUAAUCAGUUUAAUCGUUCAAUGAGAUCGAAACGAGAGCGCGUUCGACGCUCUUAUUGGUUGGUUCAUUUUUGCCGGCCAAUCAGCGCUGAACGCGUUUAUUUCGAUUACUUUAAACGUAAAGCAAACUCGUACUAAGGGUACUGGUGUCAUGGCGUACUCUUUGUGGAUAUUAGACGAUUCUCAGUCGUGCAAUAAAUCUAUAGCUUACGAAAUAAAUCCGUGAAUGUAGUUGUAGAUAAAAGAAGUAUGUCUGGUGUUCCAAUGCCAAUACCCAACCUCUUCUAAAUCUUAAGGACCCCUAAGCAAACGUAAGUGACAUUUAACUACAUUAUGGUUUGUAUAAGUGAGAUCUAUCAGUACAAGUAAGGGGUUAGUUUAGGUGCUUCACGCUAAUUAACUUUUAGUUAAGAGAACUUUAGGAGUUGUUGGUGACAGCGGCCAAUAAAUCUCUUUCCAUAAAUGUUAAGUAUGCAUUCAU